AUGUCCCCUUCUAGAGGAUAUAUCACAUCCUACCCACCACGGCUGCGUCAAUAUGCGAACGCGCUCUUCACACCUGUCAUUCCUCAGACUCAAGUUGGUCCGACACCGCGGACCACGAAACGAGGGACUGCAGCAAUUAAUUACGCGGAAGAUGGCUUCGACGAUGACGAUUUUGAUGAUAGCGAAGGUCCCCGGCGCCCUACAGGUCUAAGAAGUCUUCGACGCGAGGAAUCCUCCUUUGACAAGGUGGCACUGGCGGAAAAGUUAGGGAAGGAGACACACGCGCCAGUAGAGGUUCAAGGGAUAUUUCGGGAGUGGGUGAUUAAAAAGAUGAUACGGCCCGCGUGUGCCGACCAAUUGCAGAUCCAAGCACAGCUUCCUCUCACCCUUAUACCCAUCCGAAUUGACCUCGAAGUCCCGGCGCAUCAACCUUUCGAACCUUUCCAGUUUCCUCGGCAUGUUCUUGACCCAGCGAUUAACCCGACAUUGCCGGCGUACAGGCGACCAGACCCAUUGCCAGCUUUUCGAAUCAAAGACACGUUCAUGUGGAACCUGCAUGAAGCAUUCUCUACACCUGAAGAGUUUGCCAAUGGAUUUGUCCAUGACUUGGACCUUCCCAACCAGCACGCGAUGACAUUGGCGAUUGCUACCCAGAUCCGCCAACAAUUAGAGGAAUACGCCGGCGUUGCGCUACAUCCAUUAUUCCAAAGCACACAGCCGAAGCCAGCUGCUUCGCAAACAGGUCUUUCGCGUGAUGUAUCCGCCACUCCCGCGCCUACGCAUGCUGCGACGCCAGACAGCCGAGGCACUCUGGUGACAGCGACGAAAGAACCAUUCGUGAACGACAGCAUCCUGAAUCCGGACGAUACGUACAGGUGCAUGAUUAAUCUGAAUAUCAACUUACAAAAUAAGCUGUAUACAGACAAAUUCGAGUGGUCUCUUCUACAUCCUCCAGGGAUGGCUGAGGAAUUCGCGAGGGUUACCUGCGCGGACCUUGGCCUGGGCGGGGAAUGGGUCGGGGCUAUUGCCCAUGGGAUCUAUGAGGCAGUAUUAAAGCUCAAAAAAGAGGUCUGCGAAAAUGGCGGUCUUAUCAGCGGUCUGGGCAGCUAUGGAACUGAAAUCGAUAACCAAGCGGCGAACGGCGCUGAAGCGGGUUGGCGAUACGACCCCGAAGGUCUCGGCGACGAGUGGGAACCCAAAGUUGAGACUCUGUCCAAGGAAGAGAUCGAGAAGCGUGAGGGAGAUCGCGAGCGACAAAUCCGACGCUUACGUCGCGAAACAGCUCGGUUUUCCUCCACGGCGGGCAUCACGCCAGAAGUUUCACGACAGGGAAGUGGCUUUUUCGAUGUUGAUAGCGAGACGCCCCUGGGACGAGGCGAGAGGAAUAAGCGAAAGCGACGCUUCCGUAGUCUCAGUCCGUCCGGCAGGGGAGGUACACCUGGUGGGCGAGGCACCCCAGACACCGGAUCAGGCGCCGGUUACGGUGGAGGUGGCGGUACAUUAUCCGACUGGGAACGACAAAAUUGGCGAUGCAGCAACUGCAUGGUCUGGGGUUCAGCAGUAUGGGCUGUACGAGACGGACCCGCUGGUCCAAGGACACUCUGUCACAAUUGUGGUCUUCUUUACGAGCGAGACAAGGUUGUCCCUGAAUGGUCGAGAAAUCUACACCGCCACGACUUACCCGUCGGACGCGUAUGA